AUGGUCAGGUUUGCAGAUCUGAUCGCAGAACACGCCGAGCAAAUCAGAUACCUCGAGACAAUUGUCACCGGGAAACCCAACGCCUUUAGUGGUUUUGAAGUGAACGAUGCUGUCCAGAACUUCAAAUAUUGGGCAUCUUCUUAUGGCUUCCUCCCUAGCGAUAUUAUCAAGGCAGAGGAUGCCUCACUCAAGACGAGCGAGCUGAACCCGCUGCCGGCUAUUUUUGCAGCGUCCCUGGGGGCCAAGGCCGGAUUCCCAGACGGGCUGCUGAGCUGUUUUACGGGCGGAGCGGCGGCGGGCAUCGCCUUGUCGGAGCAUGCUCGCAUUCGCAAGAUCAGCUUCACGGGAAGCAUAGGCACCGGCAAGCUGCGGGUGACGCUCGAGCUGGGGGGCAAAUCGCCAAGUGUAGUCUUUAGCGAUGCCGACCUCGACAAGGCCGUCUCCGCUGCCGCUGCCGGCAUAACGCGCUACAGCGGCCAGAUCUGCGUCGCCCCUUCGCGUCUGUACCUGCACGAGGACAUCGCCGAGGCGUUUUUGGUCAAGCUGCGCAAAACCGUCGAGGACUUUGCCACGACCUUUGGCGCGGACCCGCUGAGCCCAACGACCAUGUCUGGUCCCCUGUUCAACCACCAGCAGAAGAAGACGGUGCUCGCCUACCUGGAAUCCGGCAAAAAGGACGCGACGCUGCUGACGGGAGGCAGCGCCGUCGGUGACAAAGGGUGCUAUAUCCAGCCGACUGUGUUUGUCGACCCGCAGCCAGACGCACGGGUUCUACGAGAGGAGGUGUUUGGACCCGUCGCCGUCGUUGUUCGAUUCAGGACCGAGGAGGAAGCUGUGGCGCUGGCCAACGACAACGAAAACGGGCUGGCGGCCUACGUCUGGACGCGCGAUGCGGCUCGCGGCUUCAGAAUGACGCGUGCUCUGGAGGCGGGUUCUGUGGUCGUCAACGGCCCCAUGGAAUUGGACGCCCGAAUCCCCUUUGGCGGUUGGAAGCAGAGUGGUUUGGGGGUUGAAAAUGCCGUGGAAGGGCUAAAAGCUUGGCUUCAAAUCAAGACUGUUAUAAUGAACGCUUGA